UUACAUGUUGUUGUAUUUUGCUAACCGAAACUAUUAUUUUGUCAAGUUUUUGGCCCACACCUUUCUAUAUAACUCUUCUAACCACACUCCAAAAGGGAAUAGGCAAAUCCCAGUUCAUUGUGCAAACCCAUUCUUCUCUCAUCAAAUAAUCCUUCUUUACAGAAUCUAAAAGUCUGUCUUCCGAUGGAGAAUGCUGGUAAUAGCUCCUUUCAACUUCGUGUAAAGCAAGAAGAACCAACUCUGGUUACUCCUGCAGAGGAAACAGAGAAGCAUCUGUACUUCCUCUCAAACCUGGACCAGAACAUUGCAGUUGCAGUACGUACUAUCUACUGCUUCAAAUCAGAUGGUAAGGGCAACGAGGAAGCUGCGAAAGUAAUAAAGGAAGCCUUGUCAAAGGUUCUUGUUCACUACUACCCACUUGCGGGGCGGUUAACAAUCAGCUCAGAAGGAAAGCUGAUAGUGGAUUGCACGGGGGAGGGUGCUGUUUUUGUUGAAGCCGAAGCAGACUGUAGAAUAGAGGAGAUUGGAGGCAAUACAAAGCCUGAUCCAAUAACUCUUGGAAAGCUGGUUUAUGACAUUCCUGGUGCAAAGAACAUACUUGAAAUACCUCCUCUUGUGGUUCAGGUGACAAAGUUCAAAUGUGGAGGUUUUGUUCUUGGGCUAUGCAUGAACCAUUGUAUGUUUGAUGGAAUUAGUGCCAUGGAAUUUGUGAACUCAUGGGGUGAAACUGCAAGGGGCUUGUCCCUAAACAUCCCGCCGUUUCUUGAUAGAAGCAUACUCAAAUCCCGAAACCCACCAAAGAUAGAGUCUCAGCACCAUGAAUUUGCCGAGAUUGAAGAUAUAUCAGACACCAACAAAGUUUACAAAGAAGAAAUGCUUUAUAGUUCCUUCUGUUUUGACCCCGAACAGCUUAAACAACUCAAGGAAAAAGCCAUGGAAGAUGGGGUUCUAGACAAGUGCACAACAUUUGAAGCCCUUACAGCUUUCGUCUGGAGGGCUCGAACUCAAUCAUUAAGAAUGCAACCAGAUCAAAAGACAAAGCUUCUCUUUGCUGUUGAUGGGCGGUCUAGAUUUGAGCCUCCAUUACCAAAAGGGUACUCUGGCAAUGGGAUUGUGUUAACUAAUGCAAUAUGUAGUGCAGGUGAACAACUGGAACACCCGCUGUCAUUCACAGUCAGUCUGGUUCAAAACGCAGUGAAUAUGAUUACAGACAGUUAUAUGAGAUCGGCCAUAGAUUAUUUUGAAGUAACAAGAGCAAGGCCUUCUCUUGCGGCAACCCUGUUGGUCACAACUUGGUCUAGGCUAUCUUUCCACACUACAGACUUUGGAUGGGGAGAGCCCAUUUUUUCUGGGCCGGUUGCUUUGCCUGAGAAGGAAGUAAUUCUUUUCCUCUCUCAUGGGACAGAGAGAAAAAGCAUAAAUGUUCUUCUAGGUUUGCCGGCUUCUACUAUGAAAAUCUUUGAACAACUGAUGCAUGUUUGAGGGGACGGGACCUUCCUGAAUUUUCUGUAUUGAAGCAUUUGUUGAAGCGUGUGUUAUUCAUUGCCAGAAAGGGGGCUAAUUAUACAGGCCAAAGUGCACUCCAAGCAAUCACUGGUUCUGGAGGAAACCAGAUAUAUUCCAUUUUGGUUCAAAUGGUAGCCCUGCAUGACCAUAUUUAUUGGCACUCUAGAAUUGCAAAUUUAUAUCCCCUAGUUGUUUAUGAUUUAAAUGAAGUUCUAAUUUAUGUAUUAAGUUCUAAGCUCAAAUUCAAUAAUUCAUUAGAAAUAUGUGUCUGUGAAUUUCUGAAUCAGAUUUCAUGUUUUACGGUUUGUUAUUUUGUUGAAUAAAAAAGUUUGUUGCUCUCUUUCAAAA